AUGAUUGCUGAUGGCGCAAUCAAGCCCCUUCGGCCCUACAAGGUCCCUACUAGAGAAGAGAAAAAUGACCCCAGGUACUGCCGUUACCAUCAAUUUUUAGGGCAUCCAACCACUGCCUGUCAGAGAUUAAGGAGGAUCUUACAUGGUAAAAUAAAUGAAGGAGCUCUUGAGCUUCCCUCUAGAAAGCAAACUAUUGAUGAGGACCCUUUACCAAAGCGAAGGGGGAAGGAGGUAGCUGCUGUCGUAACAUGUUCUGAUGAUCUGCUCAAUGACGAUGAACUAAGUCACCUAUGGAAGAACGACCCAAAGCCACUUGAGGCAAUCUAG